CAGCAGACGUUCAGUUGUACAAGUCUACUCGUGCACGUAGCACGAUUCUGUGGAAAACAGCUCUGUUCGGUCUGAGUUUCGGCAAAAACGGGAGAAGAGAAUGAUGCAGAUCGUCUUCCUCGCUUUGGCUGUUUUCACAGUCUCAGUCAAUGGGCAGUUCUGCAACUUUGACCAUUCGUACUGUGGGUACACCAAUGACCCCACCAAGCCUAUGAUUUGGUCGCAAUACGAUGGCAAAAGUCACGGACACGGACAUGUGCAGGUCGAGGGCAGUGGACCAUCGGAGGACCACACACAUCAGGGAGGUCACGGUCACGGCUGGUUCCUGCAGUCCGACUGUGCCAAUAACCUGCCGGGGGAUGAAGCCUGGCUGGUCAGCAGCGAGCUCACCGGCACCGCUUUCCUGGACUUCUGGUACACCAUGCAUGGCGGCGACCUGGACCUGUCCGUGUACAUCCUGCAGGGAGGACAGGAGAUCCAGGUCUGGAACAUCCAGGGCAUCGAUAACCUCAACUGGCAACGCGGUUCCGUGGCCCUCGACCCCCCAAACUUUAAUGAACCGUACCAGAUCGCCUUCGUGACAGUCCGGGGGAACAACAGACUGUGCCACGUGGCUAUUGACGACGUCAACAUCAACAUAAUCGAUACACCAGCGCCCCCCACGACUACAACGACCACACCGUUGCCCACAACCAAGCCGGAAACUACCGACGCUCCUACCGAUGCUCCGACCAAUGCUCCGACCAAUGCUCCGACCGAUGCUCCGACCGACGCUCCUACCGACCCAUCCCAACCGGACACCGCUGCUCCCACCGACGCCGCGGCAGACACGACUACUCCGUCCCAGCCCGCCACUAAACCUGAGACCGACAAACCUACCGAUGUUGUUACGCAGCCCCCACCCACAACCACCACCACCAUGCCUACAACCACUACGACUACAACACCUGAACCCACGACCACGAUGCCUACAACCCCCGAACCCACAACCACCCCCGCCCCGACGGAGCCUAUCGGCAUGACCGUUACCUGCAGUUCUGAUGUCAUACAGGUCGUCGUCGACAGGGCCGCCGCUCCCAACCUGGACGAGCAAACCACCCACCUGAUCGACAACUCGUGCGUGGCGACCGCCAACGCGACUCAUCUUGUGUUCGAGACCGCUCUGGACGCCUGCGGCACGACUCGACAGGAGACAGAAAACUACAUCAUCUACUCCAACGCCAUCGAGCAGAGAGUCCACGUGGUCGACGGGGACAUCAGCUUUCUCGGAAAUCUCGACUUCCACUGCGCCAUUUCUCGCGAGACCUUGGUGAGCGGCAUGUUCACACCCGGUCACGCAAAAGUGGGCCGGCUGAUCAAUUACGACCCCUUCGCUUUCGGUGAAUACAACAGCGAGAUGAAGUUCUACCAGGACAACAGUUACCAGACCGAGAUAGCGGCGCCUGCCAGUGUUGUCAUCGGGGAUCCACUGUACGUGGAGACGCGUCUGCUGUCAUCGGACAAGGACCUGCGCAUCAGGGCCACGACAUGUGUCACCACCACCGACACCGACCCGGACAGCCACCCUCAGUUUGUCGUCAUCGAAAACAAGUGCCCUACUGACGGCAAUGUGCUGCAGCUACUGCCCUCCCCAUCACCCGAGGUUCAGCGGUUCAGCAUGAGGGCCUUCGAGUUCGUUUCUAACCCUAACUCACCGGUCUACCUCCACUGUUACCUGCUUGUCUGCUCUGCUGCUCCCGGCAGCCCUUGCGAGGAUACCUGCGCGAGAUCCGGCAAGGCACGACGGGAAGCUUCCGGCUCUGGGCUCUGUUGUGCGCAUGUCGGCAGAACUGCCUGUGAAGAACACCAAGCUCUUCAGUCCUGCAGCAGCCGCCAUCGCGGGAGCGGUGGGAGUCAUCGCGCUUGUCGGAACAGCCCUUGUUGUUCGCCGUUACCGAAAGAGCCGUCACCCCACCCAGGAGAUCGACAUGUAAACGUCAGUGACGGGGACUACGACGCCAUUGCAACAGACGAUUUUGUUCUGUAAUCAUUCGUGACAGAAAUAGUUUCUAAUUCUGCUUUUGCCGUUGUCGCUGCAUCAGCCCAUCAGGAUCUGACACGCUAGAACACAUUUGUUCAACAAGUGUCGUUCAUAAAAUAAAACAGUGACAACAAGCUUGUGUUAUUGG